AUGCUCGUGGUGGGGAUGCUCGCGGUGGGGAUGCUCUCGGUGGGAAUGCUCGUGGUGGGGAUGCCCGUGGUGGGGAUGCUCUCGGUGGGGAUGCUCGCAGUGGGGAUGCUCGUGCUGGGGAUGCUCGCAGUGGGGAUGCUCACGGUGGGGAUGCUCGCAGUGGGGAUGCUCACGGUGGGGAUGCUUGCAGUGGGGAUGCUCGCGGUGGGGAUGCUCGUGACCACUAACCGAUACUUCCCUGGCAACUCCAUCAAGACCACUAACCGAUACUUCCCUGGUAACUCCAUCAAGACCACCAAGUACUCUUUCUGGUUCUUUAUUCCUCUGAACCUCUGGGAGUAGUUGCACAGAUUUGCUAACGUCUACUUUGUGGGGCUGGCCUUGUUGAACCUUGUGUCUGCCGUGGAGGCCUUUCAACCGGAGGUUGCUCUGAUUCCUAUAUGUGUCAUAUUAACCUUGACGGCCCUGAAGGAUGGAUGGGAGGACUACAGGACGUAUCGGUCUGACAGGAGGAUCAACUAUACAUCCUGUCUGAUAUACAGCAGGAAGGAGGGGGACUUUGUGGAGCGACGUUGGUUGGACGUGAGGGGAGACUUAGUUAAGGUGGUGUCUAACGAGAUCCUCCCAGCUGACCUGUUGUUUCUCCACACCUCCGGCCCUAACGGGGUGUGUCACGUUGAGACCGCCACCCUGGAGGGAGAGACCAACCUCAAACAGAGACAGGUCGUCCCAGGACUCUACACACAGGUGAGGAUUAAUGACCAACACUUCAACAGCACAGUAGUCAUUGAAAAACCCAACGACAACCUCAAUCAUUUCAAAGGUUACAUAGAGACGGCUGAUAACAGGAAGUUGGGCUUUGGGAUUGACAGUCUACUGCUGAGGGGGUGUACCGUCAGAAACACAGACCACGCAGCUGGGUUCGUGGUGUACGCAGGCCGUGAGACCAAGUCCAUGCUAAAUAACUACAGACCCAGGUACAAACGCAGCAAACUGGAACGCAAGAUGAACAUGCACGUGCUCUUCUGUGUCAUUGUGCUCUUCUGCAUGUGCCUUAUAGGAGCGCUUGGUCAUUACAUCUGGCUGGAGUCAUUUCCCAGCAUGACUCUCUUCCUGAUACCAGACAGCCAUGGUCAUCUGGACCCGCCCCCUCUGUCUAGCUUCUACAUGUUCUUGACUAUGAUCAUACUACUGCAGAUCCUGAUUCCCAUCUCCUUGUACGUAUCCAUUGAAAUUGUGAAGGCGGGUCAGGUGUUCUUCAUCACUAACGACAUAGACCUGUAUGAUGAAGAGACAGACAGCAGAGUCCAGUGUAGAACCCUCAACAUCACUGAGGACCUGGGACAGAUUCACUACGUCUUCUCGGACAAGACUGGUACCCUCACAGAGAACAAGAUGGUGUUCAGAAGAUGCACCGUCAUGGGAACAAUGGGAACUGAAACAGAGGUGGUGACAGACAGAAAGCUACUUCAGCGUGUCCUGAGAGGUGCCAACAUCCCCAGACCUAGGCUGGUAGUGGACAUUGCUGAUCAGCUAUACUACGAGGCAGAGAGUCCAGAUGAGACAGCCCUGGUGUACGCUGCCAAGGCGUACAGCUUCACCCUAUUGGCCCGUACCCCAGACAGCGUCACAGUGAGGUUACCUCACGGACAAGAGCUGACCUAUCAGGUGCUGGACACCCUGACCUUUGACCCCAUCAGGAAGAGGAUGUCGGUGGUGUUGUGUCAUCCAAUCACCAGGGAGAUAGUGAUGUAUACCAAAGGGGUGGACUAUACAAUGAUGGAGCUUUUAGAGACUCCUUAUGCAGGUAGGCUCAUAAGUACUGUCUGAAUGGAGGGGAGCCAGAACAAUAUACCUGCAAGCACUCAAAAACACCUUGACUGGUACGCCAAGGAAGGACUACGUACCCUCUGUUUUGCAAAGAAGGUGCUUAGUAAGAAGGCCUAUGAGGACUGGUCCCUGGUGAGACAGGAUGCUGUGGCUGCCAUCAACAGCAGAGAGGAACUCCUUAUGGAGACAGCAAUACACCUGGAGACACACCUCACUCUGCUAGGGGCCACGGGUAUAGAGGACCAUCUGCAGGACAGUGUUCCUGACACCAUCAUGGCCCUGAGAGAGGCAGGGAUCCAGGUGUGGGUUCUGACAGGGGACAAGCCCGAGACGGCCGUCAACAUCGCCUACGCCUGCAGGCUGCUGGACCAGGGAGAUCUAGUUAUCAACAUGAGAACCAACAACAAGGCGGUGUAUACGUCCACACUGGACUGUACUCUUGAAGAGUAUGGAGGUCCAGGAGCUGCCGGGGACCACAGCCCCUCCAACGGCCUGGUGAUUGAUGGGCAUACCCUGGGCAUGGCUCUGAAGUCAGAUCUGGUGGAGCGGUUCGUGGAGCUAGCUCGGUGCUGCCGCUCUGUGCUAUGCUGCAGGGUCACGCCUUUACAGAAUAGCACCGUGGUUAAGGUGGUUAGGGAGAGACUGAAGGUCAUGACCCUGGCUAUAGGAGACGGUGCGAAUGACGUGAACAUGAUCCAAGCAGCUGAUGUCGGCGACGGUAUAUCGGGACAGGAGGGCAUGCAGGCUGUCAUGGCCAGUGACUUCCCCAUCUCCUGUUUUAAACACAUGAAGAAGCUUCUCCUGGUCCACGGUCACUGGUGUUACAGCAGACUGCCUAACAUGGCCAUCUACUUUUUCUACAAGAAUGUGGGAUAUAAUCACUUUACAUUUUGGAUCACCAUGCUGGACGCCUUCUAUCAAAGUCUGGUUUGGUUUGUACAGGCUAGGCAUCUGGAGCGACUGGACCCCACCACCAAGGAACGAGCACAGUCCGGUUUGAACUCCAACAACAACGAGUUGAGACAUCACAGAAAGUGA